CUGUGAAAGCGCCGUCCCAGCAGCAGCAGCGGCAGCAGGAGGAGGGACCUCCAGUGCUACCUCCGUCGCAGCAGCAGCUGGCGCAGCUCGCGCCGCCACAUGAGCUGAACGACACGACGACCCCGCGAGGUCGGACGGUGCCCGGAGCGCUGCCAGCAGCUGUUUCCGGGGUGCCGCUCACUCAUCUGCAGGAGAUCAACAGCGAUAUGGAGGUGCCCGGUCUUCUCACCUACCUACCGCACCUGCUGGGCCGGCCCGACGCGCUGACACCGGCGCUACACGUCAGUCAGGGUCGGCGGGACGUGACUGUGGUCAUGGGACUGCCCACAGUCAAACGUGAGGUGCAAAACUACCUCAUAUCGACACUGAAAAACCUCAUCGACUCUAUGUCUGAGUCGGAGAGGCUGGAGACGCUCAUUGUUGUCUUCAUUGCCGAGACGGAUGCGGAGUACUGCAGCCGGACGGCACAGGAAAUCCAGGACAAGUUUCCGGCCGAGGUAAAGUCGGGUCUGGUGGACAUCAUCUCCCCGUCUGCCGAGUACUACCCGCCCCGGGACUCUCUGCGCCGCACACUGGACGAUCCGCUGGAGCGCGUCCAGUGGCGCACCAAGCAGAACCUCGACUUCGCCUUCCUGAUGAUGUACUGCCGGCCGCGCGGCGUGUUUUACGUCCAGUUGGAGGAUGACAUCAUGACCAAACCCGGUUAUGUAACAAAAAUGAAGGAAUUCGCUCUUCAAAAGAUCUCAGAAAAGAAAGACUGGCUUCUUCUGGACUUCUGUCAACUUGGUUUUAUAGGGAAACUAUUCAAGACCGUGGACCUGUUGCCUCUUAUUCAUUUUCUGGUGAUGUUCAACAACGACAAGCCCUCAGACUGGCUGCUGCUUAACCUCGUGCACACCAAGGUGUGCCGCUUCGACAAAAGUGCUAAGAAAUGUAAGGAGGAAAAGGACAAGGUUUGGCUGCAUUACAAACCGUCGCUGUUCCAGCACAUUGGUACCCACUCGUCGCUCAAGGGCAAGGUGCAGAAGCUAAAGGACAAGCAGUUUGGAAAGGUGCAGAUGUUCAAGGCGCAUAGCAACCCGCCGGCCAGGGUGGUCUGUGACAUAAAGCCACACAAGCAGUAUACUCUGGAGAGGGCGUACCGGGGAGAGACGUACUUCUGGGGACUGUUACCGCAGCCCGGGGACCACCUGGAGUUUCACCUCACGCCGCCGGUUACACUCACCGGCUUCAUGUUUCAGAGUGGCAAUGUGGAGCACCCCUCUGAUCGCUUCUACAACACCACUGUUGAGAUUGUGCCGGCGUUAGCCGACCACGAGCUACUUAAGCGGUACAAAACUACUUCAGACGGAUACGCAAUAAUUGGUCAGUUUGACGACCAGGGGGUGGCGGCCGGCUCGCUGGAUCCCACGUGGGGGCCGAUCCGCUCUCUGAGGCUCGCCGUCCAGGCAGAGAGCGACAACUGGGUCAUACUUAGUGAGAUUCACCUGAAGAGGAGCUAGUGACGCUGGAGCUCGGCGGAGCCGCCAACCCUCUGCUCAACUGCGCCAGCCGCCCCGCGCCGCGCCGCUCGAACAGUGCCUCGCGCGGCAGUGACGGUAUCGGGGACGGUGCGGAACCAGUGAUAGUGACUGCGUCCAAGGGCCGUCCCGGCGAGCCCAGUGAAUACACGUGCCUAUAGACGGGACGGGUGGGGGCAGUUCAGUACCUGCGGUGAGAGAAUACGUACCGGCCACACACCCGCGCGCGUUGUUGAGUGUUCGCCAGUUUAUUGGAAACGUUCUAACUAGUCGUUGGUUAACAGUACGAAGUAUUUAAGACUGCAAUAGACUCUAUAAUAUGGGAGAUGGAUAAAUGGUUUGUGGAACCAUUAGCAUAUUGGUUGUUCCAUCCGCCUGUUUACUUUUAUCUCGCCGUUGACAUGAGUGAAAGGUGGUGCGUUUUUACGUAGCUAGAUCCGCUUAAUGGAGGCGCUGUCUAUUCGUGAGCCGCUUUAUAAAAGCCAGUGUACGUCAGUGCGACAAUAACCGUCUCACCAAAACGAAGCUGCGCGUCUGUUGUCUGGGGUCCGAGUUUCCGCGAAUGUCUGAGAGCUUACGUGUGACUGUGCCUGCCUGUUGCGGCCGGUAGGUGUGUUGGGCGUCUGUGGUGGCAGGAUACUGCCGCUGUCUUGAUCCAAUCAUUCCUCAGUGUCCCGCAGCAAAGCCAACAGCGAAAUCAUUCCUACGGUGCGGCGCGCGAGUCUUUCCUUCGUACUUAGUGACGCGAGGAUGUGAAAGGUGCAGCUGCUGUUGGGUGUUGCUGCGCUGUAUGAGGCUAACAAUUACGAUGGUUGUUGCGUGUUGGAGUGGUGCGCGUAGUUGGUUGUCUGGUGGCGUUAGCGUCGGUUCCGCCGAGUGCCAUAGUGUCCAGGGGUGUCUCGUCCAGGGGGAGGUAGGCCCGGCCCACGCCACCCGUAUGUGCCUCGAAUACAGCUGCCCAGUUCUU